AUGAUCCCUGCUGCCCAGAAAUGUUCAGCCUCCUUCAGGACGUACACCCCUCCGUUGUCCCCUGUACAUUUAGACUUGCCCCCCUCAGUAAUUGACUGUGGGGAACCCGAACCGUUGCUGAAUGGAGGGGUGACGUUCAUAUCUAGAUCUCAGAACCAGCAUCUCUCAGUCAUUCAGUACCACUGCAAUGGGCCGUACUACACUCUCUCUAAAAGAGUUAAUGGUUCUCUCUCCAGGCCAGAGCCACCCGUCUGUCCUGAGCUGCCAGAGCCGCCUGUCUGUCCUGAGCUGCCAGAGCCGCCCGUCAGUCAGGAGUUGCCAGAGCCGCCCGUCAGUCAGGAGCUGCCAGGGCCGCCCGUCAGUCAGGAGCUGCCAGAGCUGCCCGUCAGUCAGGAGUUGCCAGAGCCGCCCGUCAGUCAGGAGCUGCAAGAGCCGCACGUCAGUCAGGAGCUGCCAGAGCCGCCCUCCUGUCCGGAGCUGCCAGAGCCGCCCUCCUGUCCGGAGCUGCCAGAGCCGCCGUCCUGUCCGGAGCUGCCAGAGCCGCCCUCUUGUCCGGAGCUGCCAGAGCCGCCCUCUUGUCCGGAGCUGCCAGAGUCGCCCUCCUGUCCGGAGCUGCCCCUCAGUCCAGAGGCGCCCCUCAGUCCAGUGGUGUCCUCUACUAGGGUCUCCAUUCCGGGGUCGGUGGCGAGGGUCGCCACUCCUAAGGUGCCACAUAAGUGGGCCGAGACUAUGGUGGAGUGGGGUCCACGUCCCGCUCCAGAGCCGCCACCGCGGUAAAUGCCCGGUAAAUGCCCACCCAGACCCUCCCCCAUAGGUUCAGGUUUUGCGGCCGGAGUCCGCACCUUUGGGGGGGGGGGGGGGGGGGGGGGGGGGGGAGUACUGUCAUGUUCUGACCUUAGUUCCUUUUUUAUGUCUUUAUUUUAGUUUGGUCAGGGCGUGAGUUGGGGUGGGCAUUCUAUGUUGUUUUUCUAUGUUUUGUAUGUUAUAUUUCUAUGUGUUUGGCCUAAUUUAGUUCUCAAUCAGAGGCAGGUGUCACUCGUUUUCUCUGAUUGGGAGCCAUAUUUAGGUAGCCUGUUUUCUAUUGUGUUUUGUGGGUGAUUGUUUCCUGUGUUAGUGUUUGCACCAUACGGGAUUGUUUCGGUUUUCAUUUAUUCUCUUGUUCUUUUGUAUUCAUUCUCGAUUAAAUGAUAUUAUGGAUACGUACCACGCUGCAUUUUGGUCCUCCUCUCCUUCCACCAACGAAAGCCGUUACAGGCCAGGUCGCAGUUGUAAAUGAGAACUUGUUCUCAACUGGCCUACCUGGUUAAAUAAAGGUGAAAUAAAAAUACAAUACAAAAAAAACGAA